AUGCGUCACAUUUUACUAGCUUUAUUACGUGCUCCAAGUGUUGUUAAUAAUGUUAACCGUUUACCGACGUGGUCUGUUACGAAUUCUUUAUUUAAUCCAUUCAUUUCACGUUCGGCAGCAACAGCUACUGUUGCUAAAGCGAAAAUAAAGGAAAACAGCUCUCCUGAAGAAGAAAGAAAAACGACAACAGAUAAAGAGAUAAGAACUGUUCAAACGACAGCAUCAUCCACAGACGGCAGUUCUACAGAAACAAGCAAAGCAAAAAAAGAUAGAAAAUCAAAGGAGAAAUCAACCUUAGAAACAGAAACAAGCGAUGUUGAAACAACAAAAGAUGUUUCACAAGCUCAACAAGAAUCCUCCCAAUCAGUCCGAAGUGGCGAAAAGCUAUCUCCACCACGUACUACUGGAGAGGAAAAAGUCUAUUCAUCAAAAAUUCAACAUCUAGUUAAUGAAAUAAGCAAACUAUCGUUGGUAGAUGUUAUGGACCUUAGUGAAUUAUUAAAAAAAACACUAAAAAUCCAAGAUGUAGCGAUUAUGGCUUCGGGAACGGCUGCUGCAGCGUCUCCUAUAGCGAAAAAGGAAGAGGAGGAAGAAGAAGCUCGUCCUUCAGCUCAAUCAGUAUUCAAAGUUCGCCUAAUCAAAUAUGAUGAUACGAAAAAAGUACCAGUAAUUAAACAAGUCAAAGAUGUUGUGGAAAAUAUUAAUUUAGUACAGGCGAAAAAAAUGGUCGAAGCUGUUCCACAAGUAUUACGAGAUAAUUUGAGUAAAGCUGAUGCUGAAACAAUCAAAGCAAAAAUCGAAGCUGUUGGCGGUAUUUGUGUUAUUGAAUGA